AUCAGUGUUUAUAUAGUUAUUGCUCUGAAGAAGAAUACUGUGACAAGAUUCAAGAUAUCUUAAGUGAAAAAGCCUUUCAAGCCUUUGAUAGGCAGCUGCAGAGCAAGUUGACUGUGGAGAGAAGUUCUGUAAAACUUGGAAAACUGUUUUCAAGAUCCUGGCAAAAAUUUUGGAAAAAUUAUGAAAAAGAUAACUUUUAUAUAUUUGAGUGGAAACCACUAAUACGGUACUUGAGAAGAUUUGGUGGCCAGGAACAAGAAGAAUCUGGACCAUUACCAGAAAUUGAAGAAGUUCAAGAACAGCUAAUUCUUAUUCUUUCUUUACUAGAAGACUACCACAUAAGAAUAGAUAAAGGCCAAAUAAAAAAAAAGGACAUGGAAAGUAUUUUGGAAAAGCAUGAUGUAUCCUGUCCUCUUAUUAAGAUACCUUUUCCAGAAAGUCCUUUGGAUUUUAUAUUUCAACUGAGACAAAGGGAAUUGAAGAUUUAUGAAGACUACAUGAAAUUUGUGCAAUCAUUGAUACAUAUCUGUUCAUACACUGAAGCAAUUUAUGAUACUGAGGAAUACAAAAGUUUGGUCUCUGGAUUUGAUUACUUGACAAAGAGUGAUUCAGAAAAAGAAUUGGCAGAUAUUUACAAUAUACCAAACAUCCCAGACUAUAGAGAAGUACAAAUAGACAUCUAUACACCAAUUAUUAAUCCAUUUGAAAUACCACGUCACAUUCUAAAGAUAUUACCAAAACUUCAUGAGCUGAAAGAAAGUCAACUGUUCGUGGAAAUUUGGAAAAAGCAUUCUGAUAAUUUAAAAACAGAUUGUUUAUUUGCUUUAAUUGGAGAAAUCUGGAGUCAGGCUAUUGAGAACUGGGAACAGUUUCAGAAAGAGUUAAAAGCAGGUGACAUAUCUUUUGAAAGUAUGGAGAAUCAUAUUAAGGUGUUUGAAGGAAAUUAUGAUAGGAUAGAGGAGGAAAUGAUGAUGGUAUUAAAAGAUAAAGAAAUAGUAAAGAAGAGAAUUAGUCAAAUUGAGACAUAUCGUAUUGUGAGUUCCUGCCAGAAAGCAUCUGAUGAAUUGUUGAAGAUAAAAAAAUUCUUGGGCUUGACUGAUACUUUUGAGACCUGUUCAAAGAUCGCAAGAUUAGCUACCAAUAAUAGAACAUCAAUGAAAGAAAUAAACCAAUCUGUUUUGCAAGCUUUGGGCCAAUUGAAGGAAAUUAAAAAAAAUGAAAUCAAAUGUUUAGAAGAUUUCAGAAAAGCAGAACCAAUGAUAAAAUGGCUACAAGAAACCAUGACAGAGGGUUUGAAGGAGUUAAAGGUGUUUGUAGAUCUGGCCUUUAUAUCAGCUGGUGAAGGUGACCUGGAUAUUGAUAAAGUGAAUUGUUUUCAUGCAGUAACAUCAGCCUUUGCACCAUUAAUAUUUGAUUUGAAACAAGAUAGCAAAUUUGAUGAAGUAAUGAAUAAAUGUAAACUUGUUUGGAAAGAACUUCAGAAUGAUAAAAAUCUUACCAAUAAAUUACAUGAUACAAAUAAUCAGCUAGAUUGGUUUAAGGCUGUCAGACAGUCUCAUGGUUCUGUUGAAGUAACAUCUUUAAAACAGGCAGAAAUGAUAGUAGCUCAAGGAAUAUAUAAAAUUGGUUUCCCCAAAGAUAAGACAAGCAAAACACAACUGAAAGUAAGUAAAGUGCUGUCACUUAAUGUACCGGAGUUAAAAGAAAAAAAAGAACAUGGUUCGGGUAAAUAUACAUACGAUAAAUUAAUGGAUCUACAAAGUCGACUAAUGCUAGUAGCUGGACAGGCUGAAAAGGGAAAUGAAAAUAUAGAUAUUUUUACAGCAGUUUUAGAUGGUGUUGUAAGAUUAGCAAAAUCUUUUGUAAAACUCUGUACAGAUGGUUGUGUAUUUUUCAAUUCAUGGAAGGUACAGUUUUUAUGCAGUAGUUCAAAAGAAGUUUGUGCUUUUUUGACUUUUGGAAAAGACCAGAUUCUUAAAGGACAUAGAAACCCAGAUAAUGUUGUAGAUUUUAUUAGACAUUUGGCUAAUUUCCUUGAAAAAUGCCAUGAAGAUUGGUUAAAAUAUUUAAAUGACAAGAGAGAAGAAUAUUUAGAACUGAAUUAUUAUACAGUAGAACAGUUAGUAUUUCUUCAACAAGAAAUUAUUAAAGCUGGCCAGGAUGAACCAGACCCACUGAUUUAUCCCAUGUUAUCAUUGGUUAAACAAGAUUGUUCUAGAAAUGACUUGAUUCAAGCUAUGAAAUUAGCAAUGACAUCUGUUAGUGAUAAAGACAAAAAUAUGGAAACCUUAGAAACUACAACCAAAGUUGAACUGUCAGAAGAUGAGCAGAAAGAUGAAUUUAUUCAAUACAUGCAAGACAAUGGGUUUACAUUAGAAUUAGCACAGACAGCCUACCUUAAUGUCAAAGAUAAAGGAGAUAAAGAUGAAGGAUUGUUGUUUUGUCUUAAUGAGAAUGAGGAAGAGUUUAUUGAAAGUUCUGUUGACAAAGAUGAAUUAACAGCCAUACCUUUCACAGGAUGGACCACAGAACAAGGAACAAUAGAACAUAAUAUUGCCUGCACAUUAAUAAAGAUGCCCAAAUCAGACCGAGUGACAUGCAAAGAACUAAUUGGAAAAUUUGAACAUAUAUGGAAAGAAUUUCUUGAAAAGGUGUCCUCUAGUGUAGUGAAUUAUUUGAGUUUAGAACAUCUUGGAAUUAUAUUACAUAAUCUUGCUGAAACAAAUUGUUUAAAUAUUAAAAGGAACUUAGCAGCAGGAUUAAAACAAGGUGUUCCAAAUCUGAUUGUUUGUCCUCAAGAUGAUAUGCUGAAUUAUUUAACGUAUAUGUAUAUGCAUCCUGCUGAUCAGAUGUUACCACGGCCAGAUGAAGUUCUGAUGUGUACAAAAGACACAAAAUAUGAUGAGGUUAAUAUUUUUCUGAGGAGAGCCUUUUAUGAUUCAGUCCAUAAGCUAUACUGCUUAGCCUUUGCAGAUUAUCUGGAAUAUAGUAUUGCUGAAAAAGUUGAAAAGAAAUUAAUGGAAUAUUCAGAAGAAAAUACAGAUAAGCAAUUUAAAUUGGUGAUUUUCUGUACGCAAGAGAAUGAACUUAAAACCCGAUUGGUUGCAGCUCUAGAGAAAUAUAGACAACCACCACCAGCUGUCUGUACUCCUAAUUUAGUAGCAAACUAUCUUACUGAACGACUUGUUUGCCAAGAUGAUACUUCAGCCUGUACUUUAGAUUUCUCAAGAUCAUCUGUGAGAGUCAUUCAGUCUCAAAGAGCUGGUGUUGGUAAAUCACUUUAUGUGAAGAGAUUAGUAGAGAAACUUAGAAAACAUCAUCCAAGGAAAAAAGAUGUCAGUCUUAGUAUACACUUAUAUGAGAAAGAUGUUGAUAUUUCACAUAUAGUAGACACAUUGAUGAUGUAUCAACAUUCACCAGAAGAAUCAAAUCCUGUUAUAUUCCAUUUAGAUAUAUCAUCUGAGGUUUUAAAUGGAGUAGAUUUUCUGCUGUAUAGUCUUUUGAUACUUGGUUGUCUCAAGGAUAAAGAUGGACAUGUUUGGACAAAAUCACCUUCAGAUUUAUAUGUUAUUGAAAAUAUACCUUCUAGACACAAUCCAGCAGAUAAAAAGAUAAAGAAGUCUGUUCACCAGAUAUUCAGGAUAUUACCUAAGGUUAAUUGUUGGUCACCUCUUGAUACAUUGAAAAUUUUACAGGGAAAUGAAGUCAGAGAUUAUCAUAAUGACAGUUUGUUUGAUGAGAUAGAAUUUGCAAGUGAAAUAUUUCAAAGACCUUUCCAGUAUCUAUUAAAACUGGAAAAAGGAGAGCGUUUGAGCAUGAUAAAUGCUGGUGAACCUGAAGGAACUCCAGUGGAUUGUUUGAAUAUACUUCUAAGCCAUUGUGGUAUUCAAGAUCCAUCUUGGGCUGAAAUUCAUCAUUUUGUGUGGUUUCUGAAUACACAAUUAAAAGACUUUGAAACAUCAAGUUUUUGCAGUGCAGCUGUGGCUGAUGAUCUUCCGGGAUUUUCCAAAUUUGUACUACAGUUCUCCAUAGAAAUGUCAAGAGAUUUUGCUACCAGGUCACUUAACAUGAGUGAAGAAACUCCAUUAACAAAUGACACUAAUACAGAUGAAACAGCUGACUUAACUCAGUUUCAGAUAAAACGACACUGGGAAUCAAGUCCACAUCCUUACAUAUUCUUUAAUCCUGAUCACCACUCAAUGACCUUCCUAGGAUUUAAUAUUGAUAAAAGUUCUGGAAAUCUGAUUGAUCAACAGACGGGUCACAUUCUCAAAACUAAUCUGGUGUCAAAAAAUCUUUAUGAUAGUUUAAUCAGAAAUCGGGUAAUAUUGAAUGAAAAUUUCAAUGCUUUACCAAGAUUGGAUCGAAUAUCCAAAUUAUGUUCUGUAAUGGGAAUAGAUGUACUUUUUGAUCCUGAUCCUUCCUAUGAGCUGACACCAGACAAUGCAAAGAAAAUACUAGCUAUAUAUAUGAGAUUCAGAUGUAAUAUACCUGUUAUUAUAAUGGGUGAAACUGGAUGUGGUAAGACCAGAUUAAUCAAGUUUAUGUGUGAUUUACAACGACCAGUUGGCACAGAGAUAAGUAAUAUGAUACUCAUGAAGGUACAUGGUGGAACUACAUCGCAAAAUAUUACAGAGAAAGUUACAGAAGCAGCCGUACUUGCCAAAGAAAAUUCUGAGAAAUAUGGUGAAAAUUUCUACACUGUUUUAUUCUUUGAUGAAGCAAAUACAACUGAAGCAAUAGGAUUGAUAAAAGAAAUUAUGUGUGAUGGUACAAUGAAUGGAGAAAUAUUAAAUGUGAACAGAAAUCUGAAAAUAGUAGCUGCUUGUAAUCCUUACAGGAAACACACUGAUGAAUUGAUUAAAAGAUUAGAAAAUGCUGGUCUUGGUUAUCAUGUAGAUGCUGAUGCAACAACUGACAGAUUAGGACGUGUACCCAUGAGGAGAUUAGUCUACAGAGUACAGCCAUUACCAUCCAGUAUGCUACCAUUAGUAUGGGAUUUUGGACAAUUAAAUGUACAGAUUGAAGAACUAUACAUUCAACAAAUGGUUAAUCGAGCAAUAGAAGAGGAAGAACUGCCUGAUAUUGAUUAUUUAGAAAAUUCUCUAAGCAAAGUACUGAUUGCCUGUCAAGAAUUUAUGAGAAAGCAGAAGAAUGAGUGUAGUUUUGUCAGUUUAAGAGAUGUUGAACGAGUGAUAAAAGUUAUGGGUUGGUUUAGUACUUCGCACGAUGUACUUCGGGAAAUCAGAAUUAAACUUUCAGACGAUGAAAAUAUUGAUGAUGAUGAAGGUGAAGAUGGUGAAGAAAUGAUAAAUGAUGCAAGUUUGGCCCUCAUUCUGGCUCUAGCUGUGUGCUAUCGUGCUGGUUUAAGAUGUAGAGAAGAAUUUGAUGAAAAUAUUGUUGAACAGUUCACAGCACCAUGCUCUGUUCCUGGAGGCAUAGAUCAAUUUAAAGCAGUCAUUGAAAAGUGUCAAGAAAUAUUCCUUGAAGAUGUAGAACUGGAUAUAAACAUUGCUAAAAAUCAAGCAUUGAAAGAAAACCUGUUUCUAAUGGUUGUAUGUAUAGAACUUCGUAUACCUUUAUUUUUGGUUGGUAAGCCAGGCAGUUCGAAAUCAUUGGCUAAAACUAUUGUAGCAGAUGUAAUGCAGGGGAACUCAUCGCGAUCAGAAUUCUUCAAACAUUUCAAACAGACCCACAUGAUAUCAUUUCAAUGCAGUCCAUUAUCUACAGCUGACGGUAUAGUAAGCACAUUCAAACAGAGUGCAAAAAUUCAGAAAGAGAAAAAUUUGGAUACUUUUGUUGCCACUGUUGUUUUAGAUGAAAUUGGUUUGGCUGAAGAUUCUUCAAGAAUGCCAUUAAAGACAUUGCACCCUCUACUUGAAGAUGGCUGUGAAGGAAAUGAAGCCCGUGAACCACAUAAAAAGGUUGCGUUUGUUGGAAUAUCAAAUUGGGCUUUAGAUCCAGCUAAAAUGAAUCGAGGUAUUUCAGUGCAGAGAGAAGUACCAGAAAAUGAUGAACUAAUGGAGACAGCAGAAGGUAUUUGUCAAAGCUCACCAAUAGUAUACAAUAGUAUAAAACCAGUACUAAGAAGUUUAGCUGAAUCUUAUUUAAAAAUAUUUGAAAUAGCUCGAAAGAAAAGAGAAUUUUUUGGCCUGAGAGAUUUUUACAGUCUGGUAAAAAUGGUUUAUUCUUUUGCUGCCAAAAAUGAGAAAACUCCCUGUUGGCACCAGUUAGAACAUUGUAUUCGUAGAAAUUUUGGAGGACUAGACACAAUUGAUGCUGUGAAAGUUUUUGGGGAUCAUAUGAAAAAUGUCAGAAAAGAUCAAAAACCUCACGUUGGAGAUCCAAGUUGUACAGCUUUGGGAUUGAUUGAAGCUGGCCUUUUUGGUGAUGGAACUCAAAGUGACAGUCGUUACCUAUUACUUCUCACUGAAAAUUAUGAAGCUUUGGGAAUUUUACAAGAACAGAUAUUAAAGAAACGUAGAGUACAGACAAUCUUUGGAUCUAGUUUUCCACGAGAUCAGGAAUACACUCAGGUGUGUAGGAAUAUUAAUCGUAUCAAAGUGUGCAUGGAAACCGGAAACACAGUCAUUCUACUCAAUCUUGAAAACCUUUAUGAAAGUCUGUAUGAUGCCUUGAACCAGUACUAUGCAAAAUUUGGAGGUGAGCGUUAUGUGGAUUUAGGACUUGGAUCUCACCGUGUCAAAUGCCGUGUCCACAAGAACUUCAGGCUAAUUGUUGUUGCAGAAAAGACUGUUGUUUAUAAUAAAUUUCCAAUUCCAUUGAUAAAUCGUCUAGAAAAACAUUUCUUAACCCUAAAUAAUAUAAUGUCUGACGAUCAAGCUGAGAUGGCAAAACAAUUGAAGAACUGGGCUGAAAAAAUGGUUACAAAAGCAAAUUGUAUGAGUUACGCUGGUAAACAACAUAAAGUAAGUGUUGAAGAUGCUUUUAUGGGUUAUCAUUCUGAUGCUGCUGCUGCUAUUGUGAUGAAAGUUUGGACAGAUGAUGCUACAGAAGGAAUGAAAUUCAUUGAGUGCAAGAAAGCAUUACUAUGGUGUUGUACUCCAGAAAUAAUAGUACAGAUUGAAAACAGUCAACUAUCGGCAGAGAAGGAGUUUUUAGUUAAUAAUUACUUUGAACAACAACAACAUACAGAUAUAUUUGCAUAUCUAAAUAUAAACCUUACAAAUAGAAAAACACCUCUGUUUGCUCAGAUCACUACUCAUUCCACAUUACUAACAGAAGAUGAACGAAGAGGUUUUAAUCAUGAUAUUUGUCUACUUCAUUUACAAUCCUUUGAUACAGAGCAACAGUUUUGUAAAGAAUUAAGAUCAUUUAGUCAGAAACCUGAAGAUAGGACUAGAGUUUUGAUCAUUCAAAGUGAUUCUCAGGGUGGAAACACAAGCUUAGUUAAAAGUGCUCAGUAUUGUGUUGAUGACAACUUAUCAAAUGAUCUAGUUAAUUUUCAUGUGAUAUUUAUUAUACAACUAGAUAGAAUAAGUCAACAACGAUUUUCUGGAUACCAGGGUGGUAAAUGGCAUUGUUUACAUAUUGAUGACUUGCAUCCAACCAGAGAAAUCGGAGCAACUUUAAUGCAGAUGCAGAAUUUGUCUGUGGCUGAUUUAUUUAGAAGAAAGGAACAAAAGGCCAAUAGAUCGGGUGAUUACAGUGUAACAAGCAGAGAUAGUGGUUUAGAAAUAUCAUCUACCUCAAUUGAGGACAGUCCAGAAGAAGAAGAACCGAUAACACCAGAUGAUAUUCAACUAGAGGAGACGAUUCCAGCGUUUACAGACCAGUAUGUUCUAUCACAGAUUAUAGAUUGUGUACAAGCAGCUGUUGGAAGAGUAAAAGAUGAUAAAAAAAAUUUAUUCAGACCAACACAAAGAGUUUCUAUAUUACUGUCUUUACUAAAUGAUACUGAGGGAGAAUUUAGUAAAGGAAUAAUAAGUUUGAUAAGCUAUUUGAUUAAAGAAAAAGAGACAGAGAGAGCAGAGUAUCAUCAUGCUACAAAGUGGUUGGUUAAAGAAGCUUGUAAACCUGAUAAUAUUAACAGGACCGGAACAUUUAGGCGAGCCUGGAGUCAGUAUCUAGAAGAAAAAAUCACUCCAAUACUUGCUGGUAUAAUUUCUUACAUUGAUAAGAAUUUAAAUCUAAACAUCAUUAAUGACACAACAGAUUGGAAGAAAUCAGUCUGGUUGACAAUUCUAGGAAAACCUAAAGUGUGCGGUUUGAAAUACACAGAUCUAAUCUCAACAGAGAAAAUGGAAGAAUUAAAUGAAUUUGUUGUGCGUAAUACUGGUUAUGGCCGACAAUCCUUUCAAGCAAGUUUUCCAUUUUCUUGGCUGUUUUAUGACUUGGUUGAAACAUCUCUACAUACAUCAGUUGGUCAAGAUCUCAACUUAACAGAUCUAGAGAUUGUAAGUCAUACAGUUGAUGUAAUUGAAAAAAGUGAACUAGUAAAGAUACUCGAAGAUUCUGUGCGUUCACAUAACCAGAAAGAAGAAAUGUUCAAUUCUUAUAUGAGAGAUUUUAUUGUGAUGAAGUAUGGUCCAAAAGACAAGAAUAUUUUAGAGAUUUUAUAUGAUAUUUUAUCAAGUGCCUUGAAUCAGUGUGAAUUUUAUGUAGAAGAACUGGAUAUCAGUUGGAUUAUAGCUGUUGUACAUUAUAUACAUACCAUAACUCAAUAUAGAAUUCAACACUUUCUGGAAAUUGUUCACAUCUGGCCAGGUGUUAUUGAUGCAGUAUUAGAUAUGAAAGCAAGAAAUACUGGUCAUAACUUAUUAAACAGAAAUUAUAUGACAGGAGAUGUUUUGGGUUUAUUUUUGUUGAUGGAGAAGAUGGAACCACAUAAAGGUCAGUUGGGAACUUCAAAUGGUAGACAAUGUUGGUAUAAAGAAACUUGUAGAUGUUUGCCAGUAGCUGAAAGAAUACUGGAAUUAAGUUCAUCGACAGAAACAGUUAAAGGACUGGAGUAUCAUGAUGCUUGUAGAACUCACUUAUUACAAAUAAGAUGUUUGUGGACAAGAAUUGUAACUAUUACGCUGUUUAUUAAGCACUUCUCACCAGCCGAUAAACCUACUGCUAAUCUAUAUCAAUCCCUUAGAUGGCAGAUUCUCUGGAAUUUGUUAGGUGAGGAAGCUGAUAUGCACAAAUUGAAUUCAUUAGAAAAAGUUGAAAAAUUCCUAAAAUUAAUAAACACAGCAGUAUUAAAGAAGCUUUUGGGAGAAGUGGGAUCUUGUACAAAAUGUGGAAAUGUAUUUGAAUCUGCACCAAUAGAACUUCCAUGUCAUGAUAAAAUUUGUACUGAAUGUAUGAAUGACAUUCAACUAGAUGAGGACAAAGAGUGCCCAAAGUGCCAAACAGAAAUUCCAAGAAACUUCAAUGUUGCAGCUUCAAGUUCUAGCAACAGCUUGUGGGUCGCGUGUUUGCUCCUGGUGUUGACUGAGAAAGUUCAUCAAGAUUUUCCAGCAUGGUUUCACCUUGACAGAUGGCCUGACAAGGACAGCUGUCUGGUUAUUCAGAUGGGAUGAAAAUCCAAAGUCCUGUGUACACAUUGGGGUGCAAGUAAAAGAUCCCUUGGUGGUUAGAAUUUGAUAUAAGAGUAGGCUUUAGCGCAGUUGUCCGGGCAAAAUUUCCCUGAUGGCACACUGUAUGGCGUAUGCCGGUCUUCAUUAGCUCAGUCAGAGCAAAACAGGAAAGCUUGAAAAAAUUAAAGAACUUUCAGAAAAGUUGUGACUCAUUUUUGAUGUCAUUGGUAUCUAAACUGUGUUUUAUUUCCAAUACUACACCAGAUGAUAAUGUUGUACACAGGUUGAUGGAAUAUAUCACAGUUAAAACAACAACUAGAGGAUUAAAUGCUCAACAACUCUUACUAACUAAACCAAUGAGUCUAUUUAAUCAUGAAAUUGACCCAACUCCAAUAUGCAGAUUUUUUUUGCUGAAACUGCUUACUCGUAAAAGUGCUGAAUACACAUCAAUUUAUCUAGAUGACUUUUUCAAGAACUCUAAAGAAUUAAUUGAUCAAACUAGAAGAAGAACAGAAAGAGUUAAUGAAUCUGCUCUGAUAGAAUUUAGUGCUUUAGUUUCAUAUUGCCUGGAGGAUGUUCAUUAUGAAAAAGCUUAUGACUUUGCAGACAAGUGUAACCAAGAAAUAGAUGUAGCCAUAAAUAACUUAGAGACAGCUGAAGAAUAUUUCAGAAGAAAAGAUACUGCUGAGUUUUCUGUGAUAGAGCAACUGGAGAGUCUAGUUCGUUGUAGAUAUGGACUGGUUGUAGCAGCAAAAUAUCUUUAUCAAUAUUUUGUUUUGAAAAGCUUGAAUAUGUCAACACAAUUUCGUAGAUUGGUCAAGGCCAUUGAGAAUGUUACCAAAAUAGAAACUACAAUGAUGUGGCCAAAGAAGUUUUUAUUGAAACAAAUUUGCCGAAAAUAUGGAACUGAAUGUUAUGAGGAAAUUAUGAGUGUUGAUCAGUACAAGUGGAUUGGUCUUGAAAGAAAAAGGCAAGUGGUUCCUGAUAGAUUUGUUAUCUAUGGUAAAAACUACACAAAUGUCCGACAGGCAGUAAAACUUGUAGAUUUAGGAGAGGAUAUAUCCAAAUUAAAACAGAGUUUAAAGAAAGUAAACAAGGAAAGAAAAGAGCAAAUAUUUUUGAUGGUGCUACAAAAUACAGUAUCAACAUUUGAAACUGAAGAAACAAAACUAAAGCUUGAGAAAUUCAUAGAAGGCAAUACUGAAUUUAAAUUAAAGAAUGUAGCACUGGCUAUUUUAUCAACACAAGCAAAGCAGAAGAACCCAUUUGUAGGUGUUAUUGCUGAAAAUCCUUUAGAAUCAAUAAAUCUAGAGACUUUGCUCUGUCACUGGUUAUUGAUUUUAAAUGUUACAUCUAAAGAUGGAUUAUUACAACCUUUGAACGCCUUAAUUAUGAAUUCUAGUAGUAUGCAGAGAGCAUUUUUACCUACAAUGCCUGAAGAAAAUCAGACUGAUCUAUCAAUGGUAGUAGGUGCAUUAAAAAUCAGAGGCCAAAACCCCACAGUAUAUAGGUGUCCAAAUGGUCAUGCUUAUAUUAUUGGUGAGUGUGGUAAGCCAUACACGGUAAGCAAAUGUAAUCAAUGUAAUGCAACAAUAGGUGGUCAAGGUCAUCAGGCAACACAAGGAAAUACUACAGAUGAUGGACGAGAUAGAUCCAAGACUGGACAUAUCCUGGGUUUAGCAGAUCAACGACCAUUAGUAGCCAUUCCAGAAAGAUCUAUGUCACCAUCUGUAUGUGCUAUUAUAAGAAUGAUGACUCAUAUGUCAAUGUUGUUGGGAGCCAAACAAAAUUCACAGGCUGUAGCUAAUUUGGUUAAUCCACCAAUUGCCCAAGAAAAAGCUGAAGGUUACUUUACACACCAUUUGCAGAAAGAUGUAGCUGUACUACAAAAAGCUCUACAAAAGAGUUCAGAUGAUGUUUAUCUUCUGAUUCACCUGAUAUUUAAACAUCUAUUAAAUGAUUUACCAGCAGGUAAUGGGAUGAAUUUAGACAGCAAAGAAAAUAGAAGAACCUGGGAAGAUACGUUGUCAUCAAAAAUAUCAGAAGUUUUAAAGAACAUGGAAAAAAGCCUGACUGAUGCUAAUCAAAAGAUGGUUGAAAAUAGCAAUUCAGAUGAGGAUAAUCUUUUAAAAAUACUGUAUGAAGUGGAAAGUCCAGCAGAUGAUAUGGGUUUAGAAAAUCUUGAAAUUAAUCCUAUUAUAUGGCGAUACAGAGAAAGAUUAACUGUGGAGCAUUUCUUGAGACAGUUUCAACUAAAGGUUAUAGAUCGAGAAACAGAACAUGAUGCACAAGCUUAUCAGUUAAUUCGAUUAUUCAAGCAAGAAAAAUAUUAUCUACAAGUCUUACAGUUUUUACCAGACAUAAUAAGAUUACAACACACUCUGAUGCAGAUAUUCUGUCGUCAAAUUGACAGAAGUGAAGCUCAAUAUUUAACUAUAGAAACUGUUUUAAAGAAAUACUUUGAUGGUAAUAAUGAAAUGGUUUUACAAUUGGAAAAUCUUAUUCGGACUUGGGAAACUAUUAAGGAAAAACUUAUCUCUCAUGUGUGUCAAUUAAGGGACGGAAAAAGGCUGGUAAUUCCAGAAGAAUUCCACAAUAUGAAGAUCGACCAGUCAACUAAGCUAGACUUUAUCUUACCAUCUGUUAAAGGCCCAGGAAUCUGUUCAUAUGUGAUGACUGAGUAUUUACUUCGUAAACAUAACAGCUGUUUAGAAAGUUAUUGUUUACUUACUAAACAGAGAUUUGAAGAUUUACCAGUAGUUGAAAUGAAGGAUAUUAGUUCUUAUCAUUUGAUAGCUUUCCAUCUGGAAAAGGAUAUUCUACCAUUAGUUAUCAGUAACUGUAAUUAUUCAUUCCAACUUGAGAAUUGUGGAACAGAGGAGACCUAUGAUUUUGCUGGAUUUGAAAAUCAAUUAAUGGACUGUGUAUUCACACGUAAAUCCCGUAUUAAAACUGAAGGCCAUAUUAUACCAAUUGAUACUAUGUUGUUUAAAGCAGAUUCAAGUAAUGCUGUUGUAUUUAGUGCUUUAAGAAGUAAUAUUCCACAGGUAUCCAUGAAUCCAAUUUUGAAACAUCAAUUAUCGGAAGAAAUACAGAAGUUGCCCGAUAUAUGUGAUUGCCUUAACAAUUUAGAUAUUGCAAAUUCCUUCUUAAAAUCUCUUGGAGGUGAUCCAGAAGCUAGUUUACAUCAGUUCAUGGCAGACACUCUGAAGAUGAAAACAACAGUACUUUCACAAACAGCUAGAAAUGAAUGCAAGUUAAAACAUCUUCAAUGUUUGUGGUUAACAUUAUCAUUUGAAAAGGACAGAAUACUGGCAGCAAGCAAGAAGGAAUCGUUUGUAGAUUUAGAUGAUGAAGUAAAGCGGGAGAUGGAAGACAAUGAUGCCGACUAUUUCCUUCAAGAAUACCAGAAAUUUGGUGUAGACAAAUUAAAUAUUUUAUUACAUCUUAUAUAUGACUCCAUCCUACUUCGUAUUGCACAAACUAAAGAUCCACAAGAUGAUGUUGAUUUUAGAGAAAUGAGGUUAAGAGAUAUAUUGAUGACUGAAUUGGACAUACCAACUUAUUAUACAGAACCUCCAACAGAACACGAACAGUUGGGAAUAGAUAUGUUUACUGACUGGCCAGAGAGUGUUGUUGGAUCACAAGCUAUACAAGUGUGGAACUUGCUACUGAAACUUUACAUGAAAAAAAUGGGAGAAUUAUAAUAAUUUAUAUAAAGUUUUAUAUUACUACUCAUAUUUUUGGAUUUUUUUUAUUAGAUUUUCUGUACAUCAUUAACGAAGGUCUGCUUUGUAUGCAGAUGCUGUGAUUUAUUAUUGUGAUUUAUAAAACAUUAACUUAAAGGAGCUAAAUCGCUAACAUUUGGGACCUAGAAAUUGACAAAAGUGGGUCGCAACGCAUAUAAUAUUGUAAUAUGAAUGUAUAUAAACUGAUUUACAUUCAAUGGUUUCCGUUUUUACUCCAAUUUCAAAUCAGUUAUGUUCGGCGAAAUAAGCCAGGCAGUCUCUUGAUACAAUUGGGGCUGAAGUGCAUUAUGGUACACGAUUCGUGUACGAAUGGUAAAAUGUUUAUUUUGUCUUAAAUAUUGGAUAUCAAAAGCCCAUCUUUUUCCGGUAAGAUUACAACAUGAAAGUUGAUUUAAUUUGACAAAUAAAUAGUGUUUUCAAUGUUGAAGAUUUUGGAUGAUAUUGAGUUAGAGACUUAGCUACUUUAACUAUGCAUAAUGAUGCAUUGGCAUGUUUGAAAAUAAUUUUGAGUUUAUAUAGAAUAUGCUACAAGGUUAAUUGCAGACUGACUCCAAAAACACACAAAUUCUUAUAACUUUUUUUUCUAUUUAAAUAUAUAUUUGUUUGUUCUGGUUAAAAACAAUUAUCCAGCAUAUAUUGGAUUUCAGAUCAAUAACAUGUUCUAAACUAUUGACAGAAUUACCUUGUUUUUAUAUAUGAUCAUAUUUCAUUCGACUUUUAUACAUUAUCCCUUUCACUUUCAAAAAUAUCUGUGACAUAGUUGUGGCUUCUUGUAGUUGAUUUUCAGUAAUGUGUCAUAAAUCAGUGCUUAUGUCAGUUUUGAAUAGUUCUUGGCUUGAAGUUUGGACCUGUUUUGAGCUUGGACCUGUGCAUUUUCUAUAUAAAUACACUGUUUUGAAAUUUUCCUUCCGGGUUACAAAUAUAACAAAAUAUAUAAUCAUACAAUCCAUUGUUUCAUAUUAUUAGUUUUCAGAUACCAUCAAAUAACCCAUAGCCGAUUAAAUGCCGAUUCCAGGUCCUAUAAUGUCCUACUGCUGACAGGGCAUGGCUGACAGAACAAUGAUUUUGUGAUGACUAUUUUCUUGGGGGUCCUUAAAAUACCACUGAGAAUUCUGAUAAGGGUCCCCAUUACUUAGAAUGGUAAAAGAGAUCUUUGUAUUAAUCUUCUAUCUCCAUAGGAUCUGGAAGAGUUGUUAUCAUUGACGUGUUUUGAAUGGUGUGAGGGAUUAGCCAAUGAAACAGUCUGUUACGGCGAGCUUUAGGCAUGUUUUGCAUGGAACUGUGGGUAAUCCACUAGUAUCAUCAAUGCUGAUUGGUUAAUCAAAUGUGUGAUGUCAUAGGUCAAAAGCCGCUUGUAUGACAUCUGACGCCACCGAAAGUAUAAAAAACCGAAACGAAAUAUAGAUCUGUAUUUUAAUCAGAUUGCAUGAUGGCCCUUUGUAUUCUGUAUGAACUAUAGUUUUUUUUUACCACAUUAAUUGUUUAACAAGGUGAUUAUAAUAAUUAUUAGGAUUUUAUUUUUGGGUACUUUGUUAGUUGAGAUUUUCUAGUUGUUUCUAUCUGCUGUUAUUUUAUAUAUGAUAUAAAAUAAUUAUGUUAAAACAUACAGCUGAUAGGUAUGUCCAUGUAUAACAUCUAGACUACUUUAUGUUUGUAAAUGUUGUAAUUACAUAUAUGUAACUCAGUAGUUAUUCAAGUUUAUAUUUUGUUAAUGUCUUUUGCUGGCUUAAUUAUAUAUAUAUAUAAAGUAUUUAUAAAAUACAAA